GAAAGCUUCGAUUUUACAUUACAACUGUAGCGCAUCUCUACCACAGGCACCGGCACGCACACGACCUAAAAUAUCACAAGAAAAAGGGGAAAGAACUUCCCCGGAAACCUGAAUUUUGCCGCUGGGUGCUUCAAUUUAUCUCAUCUCGAUCUCAAGAUUGACGCUUUUAUAUGUUUCAGACUUGAUCUAAUGCUUAUUUUCUGGUUAGACGGCAUUGCGAUUCGUUCGUUGUAUUAGCGAAUUGGGAUUUAAUUGAUUGCUAGGGUUGGAUUUUUGAAUUGGGAUUUGUUUCUCUUUGAUUUGAAUGUUUCUGUAGUUAUAUAUUGUUCUGAUUUUAGUAUGGGUGGAUAUAGGAUUUGCUUGAUUCAGAUCCAAUGAAACGAGAUUGUUAAAUUCUCGUGCCAGAGCCAGCGAGAGGAUUCUUGAAGAGAAAUGGGCAUCUCUUGAAUUUCAUUGUCAAUUUGAGAGUGUGAAAGGGGUAUAUAGCAUAGAGAAGUCUAUAACUGUUGGGAAAUCGAUUUUCUUCACCCCACGAGUUUGUAAUUCGUAUUUCCAUUGUACUGAAAGAAGUUGGAUUCUGUUCAAUUUAAGAGUAUAGUAAUUGAGAAGCUAGAACCGAUUGACUUCUGGAGUCAUGUUCUAUGGUGCAGUUGUAUGGGACCCUUGGCUCAUUGUUGCCCAAAUUGUUUGCCUUCAAUGUUUGUAUUACCUCACUCUUGGUAUAUUGCUCGCGACUCUCGUUGGGACUCGCGUUUCUCGGAUCAGCCUUGUUUACUUCUUUGAUUAUGCUACAAUAACUGUUUCCACAGCCACUGGUUGGUGUGUUAUUGCUUCAUUCCUGCUAAGUGCAAUUGCUGGAGCAGGUUAUCUGGUUUAUUUGAUCGAAAGAGCAAAGAAGUGCUUAGAUUUUGCAGCCACACUUUAUAUAUUCCACCUUUUCAUUUGUAUCAUUUAUGGAGGGUGGCCUUCCUCAAUGACUUGGUGGGUUGUGAAUGGUACUGGGCUUGUAGUGAUGUCAUUGCUGGGUGAAUAUCUGUGCAUCAAACGUGAACUGCGAGAAAUUCCUAUAACACGAUUGCGUUCAAAUGUCUGAGCGCAUGACAUUCAAAUUGCAAGGACCACCUCUUCAUGUGUGCGAUUUUUUGGUGGCUUAUCUUAUUAAAUUUCCCUAGCUAGUGGAUAAAGCUGAUGAAAAGCCAGAGAUCAAAUUAGUAUCAAGGAAGAGGAACUAGUUUGAGAUAUGAUGACCGACCGUAAAUAUAGAAAAUAAUUGAGAUUGGUGCGCCGGUUUAUAAACUAGUGUUUUGAAUUAUUGGAAGGUUUACAUGAGUACAGGAAGUUUUUGUAACAUGGGGAAAGGGGAAGAGGGUCACUUCCAAUGGUGAAAAAAACGAUGACUGAUGGCUAUAUGAGCUUUAUUCCUUUUUUGUUUUAAUGGUUAAAGGAGAUAUAUUAUUAGUUGCUUUUAUUCUUUUAAUUCUUCACACUUAGUUUGGAACGAGACUUAUUUUCCUCUUUCUUUCUCCUCAUUUUGCUAUGUGAAGUUUCAAUGACAGUGAAUAGCCAUGAAUAUAAUGAAAAUUUAGCAUGUAAA